AGUUAUCCUGUGAGGUCAGAGGCCAGUAGGCUAAUCGCUAAUGAGAGUGACUUCAAACGCCUUCGACUCAUCAUGGCUACUGGUCUUGGAGAGUUUCUCCGCACUUUAAGGCGAGGUUUUGUGAAAGACGAACAGGUCGGGGAACUUGCUCGCGCGAGAAGGCGGAAAGAUAAGGACUCCCCCACGCCAGCGCCUCUGCAACGUGAAGCGUGUAAACCUCGGUCUGUGUUUGAACUUUGCGCAAAAGGCGGCCAUGGAAAUUACAUGGGGAGAUUGCCUUCCGAGAUCAUCUUAAAGAUCCUUUCCUUCCUGGAUGCCAACUCCCUGUUCAACAUCAGUUUUGUCAACAAGCGGUUUCAUGAUCUGGCUAACAGCAAUGCUUUGUGGUCUGUGUUGUAUGCUUCUGAGAUCGAAAAGAAAAUGUGGAGACCCCGGGUAAGCAUGAUUAAAGAAGUCGUGAGCAGCACGAUUGUGGAGGAGAAGCCUGCUGGAUACUGGAAGAAACUGUUGCUCAAGGAGAUGGCCGGCUACAAGGACACCGUGUGGAAAACAGAGCUAAAACACAUGAACCCGCACACAGGCAUGCCAGCUCUGACGGAGCAUGUUCUCAGAAGGUUACACAUUCAGUGGGAGAUCACACUCACAAAUAGGCAUGGACGUGAAAGUGUCUAUAAGCAGACGCACACUUUCUUCGAAGAUUCAUCGGUUACAGUGUGCUGGAGCCAAGCUUUCUUGCCGUUCAUGUACUCUCUUAAUAGCCUGCAGCUUCAUGGAAUAAUGUGUCCAGCUUCACCAGCUCCAGGAGACAAGCCAAGGUGGCACUCUCUGAUUCGCAAGACAGCUUUGCAAAGACCAGGACAUUUUUCGUUCUUUGGUGCUGACAGGCUUGUGAAGGUGCUGCAGUUUGAUAAAGGGAUCGUCAUUGGGCUCUGGCGGGGCAAUUGCAGAAUUGCCUUCAUCAUGAUCAACCUGCACUUCCACAAACUGAUUGAAAGAAGUCUUCUCGGGUCAAGAUUUUGUCCCUACAUACCUGCGGAUGGCAGUGCUGUGGACCCUGAUUGUAGCCGGCAUGGAUACACUCUGCACAUUGUGCUUCACAAUCCAGUUCAGCGAAUCAUGUAUCGGCGUUUUUCCCCACUGUACACCCGUAGGGUGGCUUCACAAGGGGAAUUUGUGCAGUUAAUCGCCAUUGAUUUCGCUAAUGCAUCCGAGCAUGUGCCUUUGGCGAAGAUUAGUCUUCCAUGGCAAGCAGAGGGAUUGCAUGGAGAAGUUGAGCGGUGCUGCAUGAUGACUUUGACGGUGCUGGAUGAGGCUCAGCGUCCCUUCUGGUGUGUGAGUUCUACUGUAAAAAUGUACAGUAGACAAAGAGUGCUGGACGUGGACUACGAAGGUGAGCAGUUCAUCGUCCUUUACGAGGAUGCUGAUGGGAAGGUCAAAAUGACCUUUGUGUGGAUGGAGGAGUGUCAGCACUACUAUUUGGUGCAGUUAGUUACUAUGUUCCCAGCUGCCAAAGUGAAAAGGCACUUUAGUGGAGAAUGUUGAAACCGUUGCUGGUGCCGAGCUGGUUUAUGUUUAGAAAAGUUGAAAUGAUUCUGGCAGUGCUUUGAGUUGAUUAUUUUGGAAUAGUUUAUUUGUUUCUUGUUCGUGUGAAUUAGCAUUUUGGACAUUUGUAAAUGUCGAGUUCCAGAGGUACUGAAUUAUGUAUGCUUUUGUUUCCUUUGUCUGGAAUUACCAGAAUUUUUUCAGUACCAAUUUAAAUUUGGUAAAUGUUGUUAGACGUUUUAUUUUUGGCAUGUUUAUCAUAGUUAGUCAAAUAAUUUUCAAAAGGAGAAUAAAUAACAAUGAUUUGAACAUCCUGUGUACUGUGUAACUGGACUCACAUUGUAAACCUAAAUGAUGAAAUUAUAUUAUUGAUUUAUUUCUCUGUAAUAUAUAUAUUUUAUAAAGUUCAUUCAAGUGCUGGAGUGAUGCUUGUCGAAGCUUUAAAAAGGACAUUGAGAAACACAUUCAAAACAGCUGGUAUUGGUUCAGUGGGAGGCAUAAUGUACAAUUUCUAAUCAGCUGAAAUUCUUCCUCAUUAUACCAAC